GAGAGAAGCUAUAUAGUAGUAGUACUACUCGUAGGAACAAAUUAACUGUGUGUUGCCGUGUUAACCAUUCAUUGAGAGACCAACAACACCUCGAUCAAGAUCAACUCGGGUUUUCCCCCGGGGCUCAUGAUGCUGCUUUUUUGGCCUAUUGGGAUCGGGAGCGACGUCGAUCGAACCUAGUGAUGGCAAUAAUACACCAGCUAUCCUCCGAUCCGCCGAGUUGUGGGGUCAACAAGAUCCUGGACCCUCUCCCUCCCUCCCUCUCCCCUUUUCUAUUCCUCUCUCUUGAUCUUGAUUGAAAAAUUCACCUCUCACUCAAUAAGUAGAGAAUCUUCAGCGUCGGAUAUCUCUUGAUUGUCAGCAUCCUCCUCUUCUCCCUUCAUAUAACUCCCUCGACCCACUGCACUCAUCUCAUACUGCAACAAUCCCCAACAAUUCUCUCUCUCUCUCUCUCUCUCUCUCUCUCAACGCAGACGGAGAGAGACAGCCUCCAAGGAGGAGGAGGAAGAGGAAGAAGAAGAAGACUCCAACGCCUCCCCUGCAGCGUCUGGAGCAAAAUUUCUGGAUCUUCUAGGAACUGGACGGCGCAUGCAACCGCCGCUCCUAAAUCCUAAUUAAGAAAAGGGAGGACAGCAAAAGGAGAGGAGGAGGAAGAGCGAAGUCAUGCAUACAUGCAUGAUGGGGCCUUAGGCUUGUGGUGGUGCCUGAGCGAUCAAAAGCAGAGCACCUGUAGCAGGACAUCAAGAAGUUCUAGACAAUGAAGUACAUGAAGCUUGGGUCAAAGCCUGACACAUUCUACACCGAACAAGCCGUCAGGUCAGUAGUGUCAGACAUACCUGCUGAUCUUAUCAUACAUGUCAACAAUACAAAGUAUCAACUGCACAAGAUUUUCAGGAUUAAUAUCACAGUUACACACCCCCAAACAAAGAGUGCGAGAAGAAAGAAAAUGCUAGUCCUGAGUCUUGACUCUUGACACGAGUACAAGUUGUAGUUUUCCCCCUGCUGCUCAAGUGCGGCCUCCUGCAGCGCCUCUGCUCCGACACGGAGGCCGACGAGCAGCUGCCGGUGCCGGUGGCGCUCCACGACAUCCCGGGCGGCGAGGAGGCCUUCGAGAUCUGCGCCAAGUUCUGCUACGGCAUCGCCAUCAGCAUCAGCGCCAGCAACUUCGUGCCGGCGGCGCUGGCGGCGCGGUUCCUCCGGAUGACGGAGCACGUCGCCAAGGGCAACCUCGUCUCCAAGCUCGACACCUUCUUCGAGUCCUGCGUCCUCCACGGGUGGAGGGACUCCAUCGCCGCGCUGCAGGCGGCGUGGCGGAUCUCCGGCUGGUCCGAGAGCCGCAUCGUCCAGCCAUGCGUCGACUCCAUUGUCGAGAAGAUCCUCCUCCCGCCCUCCCAGGUCGCGUGGUCGUACACGUACACGAGGCCGGGGUACGCCAAGAGGCCCCACCAGUCGGUGCCCAAGGACUGGUGGACGGAGGACAUCUCCGAGCUGGACAUCGAGGUGUUCCGCUCGGUCGUCUCCACCGUGCGCGCCACGCGCAUGCUCCCGUCGCCGCUCAUCGGCGAGGCCCUGCACGUCUACGCCUGCAAGCACCUCCCGGACCCGCUCUACACCGGCGGAAGCGCCAACGGCCACGCGUCUCAGAGUCAGAGCUCCUCCUUCACGGCGGCGGCGGCGGCGGCUGAGGAGGCGCUCGCCAAGCAGAGGCGCGUGCUGGAGACCGUCGUCACCAUGAUCCCCGGCGACGUGGGCUCGGUCACGGGACGGUUCCUCCUCCGGUUGCUGCGUGUGGCGAACUACGUCGGCGCGUCCUCGUCGACGCGCGCGCAGCUCAUCCGGCAGGCCGGGUCCCAGCUCGACGAGGCCAAGGCGGUGGACCUGCUCAUCCCGCUGCCGUCGGACCCGCAGGCGUACGACGUCGGCGCGGCGGAGGCCGUGCUGGAGUACUUCUUGGCGCAGUUCCAGCGGCCGGCCGCUCCCGACGAGCGCCGGAGGAUGAGCGUCGCCAUGGAGAAGGUGGUCAGAAUCUUCGACGAAUACCUUAAGACGAUCGCCCUCGACAGUGAGUUUCCCAUCGGCAAGUUCAUCGACCUGGCCGAGUGCCUGCCCGGCAUCGCCCGGAGCGACCACGACGGCCUCUACCGCGCCGUCGACACCUACCUCAAGGAACACCCGGACCUGAGCAAGGCGGACAGGAAGCGGCUGUGCCGGUUGAUCGACUGCCGGAAGCUGUCGCCGGACGAGCGGGCUCAGGCGGUAUCCAAUGACCGGAUGCCGUUGCGGACCAUCGUGCAGCUUCUAUUCGUUGAGCAGGAGAGAACAAUCGGCGCGGGCGGCAGCCAUAGCGUCGCGCCACCGGACCGGGCCUCGGUCGAUGCCGUCUCCAGGCUCGCGGCAACAGGCAGAGAGGACGAAGCGGCGGCCAUGGACCACAGGUCGGACGUGCACCGGCCGCGGCGGGCCGGCCAUGAAGAGCGCGCCCAGGGCGAGGCGGCUGCAAUGACGAGGUCGCUAUCGGCGUCGACGAAGACGGCGGCGAGGAAGGACAGGACGGUGGAAGAGCGGGGGAGCAGGCUGAGGAACAAGUGAAGCGUAGUAACUUGCAAGGAGCUUAGAAUUGAUGGCCAUGGAUGAGCUCCCGAGGAGCGCGCAUGGCCAACUUCUUGCUUCUGAUCCCUUCCCAAUUUGUUGGCAUGCAUACCUGUGAUUCUUGAUCAUUUUUCUUACUCGUAUUGGUUUCAGUGCAUCCCAUUUUUUCGGUGGGAGAUGUGGGGGGCGUCAUGGUUGAGAGAGGGGUACAUUUUUGUAAUUAAAUUAAUGGAUGGAGGAAUAAUAAUCGAGUGGCUAUAAUCAUACAAUCUAGGAGUAGCUCACUAAUCAAAGCUGUCCUUCAUUCUUGAA